AUGGCCAACACCACCACCAGCACCGAGGAGAGCUCUCCCGCUUUGGCCGCCGUAGCACAUCCGCAGCCUGACAUGGAAACUAGCGUAGAACCCGGCUCAGCGGCAAAACCUGAGUCCAGCCAGGCCCGUUGCGACGGAGACGACGGGGAAGAGGAGGAAGAAAGCGGGCAGAGGCAGGUGGGCGAUGGGGGUCAGAGUUUGGACCCCGAGUGGGUGGAGGAGAGGUUCAGGAUCAAUAGGAAGAAGUUGGAGACCAUGUUGUACGCUCCAAAGACUGGUGAUGGUUUGACAGGCGAGGAGUUUUUUGAGAAAGUGAUGAGAGAAACCGACACUCAGGUGAAAUGGCCAUCCAAGUUGAAGAUCGGAGCCAAGUCCAAAAAAGAUCCACACGUGAAAGUGGAAGGGAAGCGCGCUAAUGUCUCAGAAGCCAAAAAGAAGAUUCUAGAAGUUCUAGAAACCAGGGUAAACAAAGUGACCCUCAAAAUGGACGUGGCCUACACAGAACACUCCCACGUGAUCGGCAAAGGCGGCGGCAACAUUAAGAAGGUCAUGGAGGUCACUUCCUGUCACAUCCAUUUCCCGGAUUCCAACCGCCAUAAUGCCGCAGGAGAGAAAAGCAACCAGGUGUCAAUCGCCGGACCCAUCGAGGGAGUGGAGGAGGCGAGGAGGAGGAUUAGAGAUCUGCAGCCGCUGGCUUUGACCUUUGACCUCCCCGUCAGCUUGGCCCCGCAAGCUCUGCCGGACUCCGGCUCCCCGCUUAUCCAGCAAGUCGUGCAGACUUUAGGCGUCAGCGUGAGCUUCAGAGCGGUACCGCCUCAGCCUCAAGCGCAGCAGCCCGCGUUCUUCGGAAGCUGCUGCACCGUGUGGGGCCUGCAGGGCAACGCCCCCGCGGUCAAGAAGGCGACCUGCGUUUUGAUGGAGCUGCUCCUGGGGUCGGAGAUCACGGGCGGCGGCGUCGUGACGAGCCAGCUGGAUGUCACCUCGCAGCAGCACCUCUUCCUGUUGGGGCAAAACGGAGCUCACUUCCUGGGUGUCAUGCACCACACUCAGACACAAAUCAUUCUACCUGACCUCAGUGCGCCUCAGAACCCGCCAUCGCUGCUCAUUCAGGGGACCCCCGAUGGGGUGUGUCUGGCCCGGCAGCAGCUCACGGACUGCCUGCCCGUGUGUUUGAUGUUUGACAUGCGUGAAGAUAUGGAGGCCGAUCAGUGCACCCUGGCUCAGAUGAUGCAAAACCUCGGAGUCUUCAUUAGCGUCAAGCCUAAAGUGAAGCAAACCAACAAGUCGGUGGUGGUGAAAGGCCUAGAAAGGAACAUCCAGUGUCUUUAUGAGGCUCGUCGUUUAUUGCUGGGGUUGGAUUCCUUUGACUCCAGCAAGGUGACCCCUGACCCCAUUCUACCCGGCAAUGAGCUGACCAGCUAUUGGCUGAAUAUGUUGCUGCAGCAACUGCGUCUUUCUGAACACGCCCCUCUAUCAACUUCCACUAUCGAAAUAAUGAAUGGUACAAAGCCCCGCCCAUCACCUCCACCCGGGCUCCCGCCCCCGACUGAAGAAGUGAGGACAGCACUCAAAGGAACAGACAGCCGUCCUCUAGAGAAGAUUCUGGAAAAUGAUGACCAGUCCGGUCAAUCCGAGGAUGAGAGCUCUCAGGAUAAAGUGAUAUUGACGUCAUCGGAGGAUGCGGUCAACUUCCCCAUCAGUAGGCCAGCGUUGAUGGUUCGGAGGGGGAGUCUGCAAGGUCCGGAAUUGAACAAGGGUUUCAGCCAGGCCAGGCGUCACUCCACUGGGCAGGCGUUUACAUGCAGGAUGCUCAAUGCAGACACGGAGCGUGGGAGGAGCGAGCGGAGGAACAGCCUGAGGAGAGACGUGAUGCUGUCCUGGGAUGUUUGCGCGAGCUCUUCGGAAUCUGAAGUUUAUGACUAUGAGAAGAAGAAACUGCUGGCAACCAGAGCGAUGCAGAGAAAACCAGUGGUCACCGAAGUCCGCACGCCCACAGACACUUGGAGUGGUCUCGGCUUCUCCAAAUCCAUGCCAGCGGAGGCGGUGAAGGAACUUCGUAACAUUAGCCGCCGCAGCUACAAACCCUACCUAAGCACAAGUAACAGCCAGUCAUGGGCCAAUCAGAACGGGACAACAUCUAACGGGAGCGACUCAGACAACUGGAGGGACAGACGCGGCUCCCACCCUGCCUCCUCUUCCUCGUCGUCCUCCUCUUCUUCUCCCUCCUCCCCUCCACCCACCUCCUUCUCCUCCUCCUCCCACUUCCCUGCCUUCGCAUCCAACAGAAACAGAAACGACAAAACCUCGGAGGGAUUCAUGGGUUGCGGCAGCUACUUCGAAGACGUGUGCUCAUCACGAAGGGCGUCCAACUGCAGUCAGCGGAGCCCGUCCCCACAAAUGGUGGACGACCUGCCCGAGCUUCUCGGCCAACUGGGCUUGAUGAAGUACAUCGAUGUGUUUGAGCAACAGGAAAUUGACUACCAGACUUUCCUUACAUUGUCUGAUGAUGACCUAAAGGAAGUGGGGGUGUGCACGUUCGGUGCCAGGCGUAAGAUGCUUCUGGCUAUCUCAGAUCUGAACAAAAGCAAAAGGAGGCCUUCGGAUACGCCUAAUGUGAAGUCCGGAUACCUGGAAGGCGGAGCGAGCGGCAGACUGCCUCGCAUUGUGGACAUGGAGGUUGCAUCAUCCAGUAACCGCUGGUGAAAGGAGAUCUCCAUCUUCUCGAAAGCCUUUUCUCUAAUAUGUCUGCCUUAACUUAACCAGUCAAACUUCUAUUAUAAAAAAACACAACAGCAUGUAAUUAUAUGUGCCUUGCAUCAACAGCUUUUUUGUACCAAAUCAAGACAAGGAGGUCUUCUCUUCCGAAUAAGAAACUACCACCAUCA